CCAGAUAUUGCCAAUUGUUGGAGCUUCCAUACCAAUGAAUUAUUGUCAUAGUUACUAUGAUUGUAUACAUCGGAGAUAUGUUACUGAACUUACAAAGGAAAUGGUAUACUUCAACGCAAAUAGAAGUUGCGAACAAAAAUUUGUACGAUUUAAAUUGGUUGAUCCCAAGUCCUCUACUGCAAAAUCAUCAUUUGCCAAGGGACCGUCAAUGUACAUGGUGACAGAUGACUUGUUUGUUAGUCCAAUGUCGUCCAUUUCUACUAUGUCAUAUCUAAAAAAAUCUAAAGUCCCUCUUUCUGAUUUGGAGGAAAGAGUUAUCAAAAUUGGUGUCAACCAGGGUCUCAACAUUCUAAAAGCUUCCUUAGUUUCAACAUCUGCUUUAACAAAUGGUCUCAACCAAUUUAUAAGAACAGUUAAGGCCCCGACCUCUGCCUUUUCUGCUCCACAUGUUGCGAGACCAGAAUUUAUUGUUGAGGCAUUAGGGAUAGAUAAUACUCCAAGUUUGAGUGUUCAGUUUCCGGAAGGUUCUAGCUGUACUCAAGACUUGCAGCUUCCAGGAGCUCCUUUGUUGGAAGAAUUGCCCCCACCUCCUAACAUACAGGAACCACAAAUUACUGCCAAAAAGGAGAAUGAGAACACGGCUCCUGCAGUAUCGACAUUGCGAAGGUCAGCUAGGAAACGUAAGGGUGGAGGUCAAGCUUAA